AUGGUUCUCAAAGUGAAGGCUCGACUUAAGCGAAAUCCACGUAGUAGUGGUAAUCAAAUGGUCACAGAACUGAAAAUAUCCCAGCGAAGCAUGCAACGAAUAUUGAAAAAGGAGCUCAAGGUCAAGCCUUACAAGUUCCAAAAAGCACACAAUCUUGCACCAAAGCAAAAAAAAGUUCAGCUUGAAAGAGCAAAGGAGUUUUUAUGCCUGCGCGAACGUGGCGAAUUUCCGAACAUAGUGUUCUCUGAUAAGAAAACCUUCCCUAUAGAGCAGUUCAUAAACUCUCAAAAUGAUCGUGUUUACUUGACCGAACGUACCUACAAAAGUUUGAGCUUACGAGCGGCCACCCGAAACUCACUACAAAUGAAUAAGUACUCCCCCAAAGGAAUCGCAAGAUUAAUUUUUGUUGAAUUAAUGUUAUCCGUAACGAAAUUUUGCAAAAGAUAUAACUACAAUUUAGAAAAAAGCGGAGCCCUGCUUUCUCAGUUUUAUUUGACUCACGUUUUAACAACAAGCUCAUCCGAUCGGUCAACUGAAAAAGUUUACAAUUACUUUAAGGAACUUGCUUUGGCGCAUACGCUUCCAGAUGUAAGUUGGUAA